AUUUGUUGUCAUCGAGUCGGGUGGUCGUUUGGAAUCAAGGUGAGACUGUCGAACACAACUGGCUGUCAGUUGACCGUUUCGGGGAUCCCCUUGGUCUCCCACUGCAGGAACCUAGCCAAGAAGGACAACGAGUUCAUAUGACAAAUUGACUGUGAGUGAGCUACGCACAAAUCAUACAUAGUGAGCGUAAACUGCGGAGGAAUCGGGUGAUACAAAAUGCCGAGUACGAGUAUAGUACGCCUUCUGAUCUCCGUAUUGCUCGUAAUGGGCAAGGCGGCAUUCGCCGAGGACUACGUGUUCAUCGGAGUCUCGGGUGGUCUGCAGGAUGGAUUUCCGGAUCACGUCAAGCUCGACUAUCACAGUGGCCAAGACGAUGAAGUGCGAGCUGUCUUUGUCGGACGAGCCCUCGUCAGAGGGACGAAAGCCUAUUUGGAUGUCAUGCAGGAUGGUUGGCGUCAGUAUACUUCUGAACCGGGACAGCCGCUCAUCAACUCGGUUGUGGUCGUCUCAGGAUGCCAUGAGCACGCCAAUCAGUACUGGAUAUACGCUGUAGACAGCCGUCAAGUCUUGGCCGUUCUCAACAACGAACCUCGUUUCUUGUCGAUUACUCCGGACACUGGGUUGGUUGAUUUGACCGUGGCGGAAACGGACAAAGCCGUCAAAGUACUAGCACAAUCACAGAUUCAGAAACAAGGAAAAAGAAAUACUACCCACGUUAGUUUUCCUAUUGUGGUGGCCACUUGGUACCACGAAUCAUUUCUUCCUAGUCCACCGAUGCGUCACCUACCAGACGGAACCGCAAUCACAAAUUUUCCCGCGUCCUUGGCACUCUGGGCCAAAGUGAACGACGCUGACCGAGUCACGGGGUGCGACUAUACACCGACUGAUAGUUCGAGUAGUAUCGGCAGCAACAACACUGUUGAGGAAUGCGAAGCUUCGUCUCGGACGCUGGCUGCGCAACGACGGUACUGGGAUGGUAUUCGAUCCGCGGUACGAGCGGCCGAGGCCGACCGGCCAUCGCGAGACGUAUGGCGUGCGAAUGGACCACCGUUCGCGUGCGAAAGAUUGGCCCGCUUGGGUGUGGAUGCCGACACCGCGCGCAUCAAUUACUCUUUCUCCGCCGAGGAGCUACAUUCUGUAUUUCGAGAUACCGAGUAUCGGUUGGAUCUCAAUCAAGCUGUAUUGACUGUGAUGCACUAGAUCAUAGCAUGCGGAAUCUUCCCCGGCACAAAGAAACGGGAGGUGUUUGUGCACCACGACAAACUGAUACGACGUCACGUUGUGAGAUAGGCCAUUGACAAGAGGAAGGCUGACGCUGUCCCUCUUCAAGGUAACCUAUAAGUGUAAUUUAUUG